AUGAUUGGCACAAACACUACUAAACAAGCAUAUACCAUCGUCGUUAUCAAACGUCUUACUGAGAUAUCCGCGAGUUAUCGUAUAGAACAGAAUUAUCCAGAAAAUUUGUACGAUUAUAUUCUAGUCGAUGUGUUUCGUAAUCAACAAAUCCCUCAAAUACAAAAAGUAAUCCUCAAUAGUCUUUAUUCAGCAUUUUUCUAUAAUGGUAUGGACAGACAGAAAAUAGUUCUUUUUAAUAGAGUACAAGAUUUUCUGGAAGAAAUUCUUUGUUCAUGGAUUACAUUUGAAGAAAAUAUUGUUGAUGCUGCUUUAUUAAUUUACGGAAAUUAUCUUUUAUGUUUUGAAGAAGCUCAAAUAAAUGAAAAAAUUAGUUGCAAUUUGCAACUUGGAAAUUACGUAGCCGAUCGUAAAACGUUAAGUUUCUUUUACUUUCGACUAACAAUCGAUCGAUUUCAAAAUGCAAUCGACAAUCCAAGACCAACAUCACAUGAACUCCAAGUUGUUCAUCCCCUUCAAAAAACAUAUCGGUCACGCUAUCUAUCCGAGUGUAUGCCGCUAACCGGAGGAGUUACAUGUACAAGUCUGCUGUGUGAUCGUCUAAGGAAUCCGUACGUAACGUUGAAAACGACACCGAAUUUCCAGGGAAAAGUUCGAGUCGAUUGGCUCACAAUUCCGAAUAAAAUGGGACAGCGACACACUAUGCCAUAUUAUCUAAUCAGCCGAGAUGUGUCGUCUCCACGUCACCAAGGCGUUUAUAUUAUGUACGAUGUCAACGCCGAUAUGAAUGGAAUCGUGAGGUUAUAUCUAUCUCUGUACAAGCCUACGUUGAGCGAAUUAGCACGUAACCAACCGAUACCUCUUUUUCAACCAGCUAUGGAUCUAUUACAUAGAUCUAGUGUCGUCAAUCAUCAACAAAUGUCACCCAGGCAGCUCGUUCGUGAAUUUCACCUUAAUAAGUCUCAAUUGGCGUUCACAUUGUGCACGAGAGCGAACGAUGAAUCCUUUGUUGUCCAGUGGGAUACCACUGUGUUUUCAACUGUGAUGACAGAGACGCGUGGAAUUUUGCGAAAUGCAGCCACAAUUUUUACCUUUGAUUAUAUACUUCCAUCGAGUACUAAUAUGGAUGACGGAUACAAAGAAGAACUACCAGCGAGUGAAGAUGUAAUGGAACGAAGAAAAAGACAAAAGCUUGAUGAUACAAGAAUAGAAGAUCCGAUAAAAUUACAAUCAACUACUACUGCCACAUCAAUGGUCAACGCAUCCCUUCUUAUUCUACCUGUUGAAUUAGUUCAUAACAUUCUGGAUUAUUUUGAUGCGAAAACAGUCCUUUCACUGCGCCGUGUCUGCAAACAAAUGUAUGAUUUGGUUAACACAUACAAUCGUUUCAAAUUCAUCUUCAAGUCCACAUCUUCGCCACUUGCUAUAGAGUCGAUUUUUCAAAAAAUUUCACCUGAGAAUGUCGUUUCAUUGACUAUUGUUGAUGUGAAUAAUACUGACCAGUCAACAAAUGAAGAGCAGUAUCCAUUUUACUCACUUUUUCACAAUCUUCACUUCACUCGGCUUCGCUCGAUGACUUUUCACGGAGUUCCCGGCGAAGAAGUGGCACAUUGGGCUGAGCAUAUUCUGAAUGUCGACAGUCUAGCUUUGCUUUCAAUUCAGUGGAGUGAAUUGGCACGUCAGAGAACAUGGCCUUCUGUUUUAUCGACAUUCCGUCAAUACCAUCUUCGACAGUUAUGUAUUAAUCAUGUACACAAUCUGACAGAGCAUAUUUUAUGGCCCGAUCAAUGGAUAUUAGAGCAUUUGACGAUCAAUGAAUGUACCUAUAGAGAAUAUGUCACCCUUCUCCUACAGUUGCCUCACUUGCGAACAUUUUCCACGCGACAAUGCAUCGUCAGUGAUGCUGAUAUAUCAGCACCAUCAUCCAUCAACAGGAACUCAGUUACUGCAAAACUCGAGUCAUUAACUGUAACUCACUGUUUACUCUCAAUGCCUUAUUUGCAAAUGCUACUUUCGUUGACACCUUCAGUUCGACGCCUCCAGCUUGCUUCUCAUCGUCAAAUGUUCGAUCUCUUUUUUAAUGCCACUCAUUGGGAGAACCUUAUACCUGCCAUCUUACCGCAACUGGACAAAUUUGAAUUUAUUUUCUUCCAUACGUAUGAUGAUGAGGACAACUCGAUCGACGUCGAAGCUUUGCUUGCUUCCUUUCGUACACCAUUCUGGCUUGACAACGAACGAUGGCUUGUUGCUGCCGCUUAUGCCUUGCAUGAAAAUGAUAUAUGGUUGUAUACGAUGCCGCUUCGUUUUGUUUGCGUUCGAGAUGUAGUCCGACUGGAAACAUCAACGAUGAGCGGCGAUACUUUUCGUUUGACUAAACGACCACUCCACAAGACGAUUAAGUCAUUAUCAGAACAAACACCCAUCAUCCUCGAUCUUCAUGCAAAUCAAAUCAGUAGCUUGAAGAGAGACUACUUGAUCAAUGCUUUACACAAAAACGUGAGACUCGUGGAACUCAAUCUAGGUGGUCAUCAGAUCGGUAAUCAGGGUGUAAAGAAUCUUGUAAAUGCUUUGCGAAAUAAUCGAGCACUGAAAAUACUUUUCCUUUGGGAAAACCAGAUUGACGACGAAGGCGCACAAUAUCUAGCCGACCUUUUGCGUCACAAUACAGAACUAAAAGAACUUUACCUUGGAAACAAUUCCAUUGGAGAUCACGGUGUACAACAUCUCACUGAUGCUUUACGCAACAAUGGAACACUCACAACACUUGAUCUUCGCUCCAAUGGCAUCGGAAAACAAGGUAUACAACACCUUUGCGAUGUUUUAAAAACUAAUCAGACAUUGAUCACACUUGGACUUGCAUACAAUGAAAUUGAUGUUCAAGCGUCACAAUGCCUCACCGACGCUCUUGCAAGUAAUAAGACACUCGAACAUUUAUAUGUCGACGAAAGUAGUAUUUUGAUCAAUACAUCUGUCUCAACAUGUACGCCCACGCAGUAG